CUAUAAAAAGUCAUGUAAAAUCUAGUGCAGCCUGUCAGAAGUAAAAAGUUCUUUGGAUAGACAUGAAGCAUAUUUUUGUCAUUUUUGUUUUAUUUUGUGGAGCAUAUUCCACUCCAAUCCAACGGACCGUCUUCACCGACUUCAUCGAAUCUGAACGAUGGACAGUCACUAAAGAUGGAGAAGGGCAUAUGCGAUUGAUUGAUUUGAAUCCAAUCGUAGCUGAACCAGAACCAGCAUUCGAUCCGAUCAAUGACAUGUUCUUCCUUCUUUUCACAAGAUCAAAUCCAACUGUUGGACAGAGAAUAACCUUUGAUACUGCAAGCAUUACAAAUUCAAACUUCAGACGAGGUGCUGGAACAAGAUUCUUAAUUCAUGGUUGGACUGCUUCAUCAGAAUCAGGAGAAAAUAUUUUCACUCGUAACGAGUUUUUGGCUCUUGCAGACUAUAAUGUUAUUGUUGUCGACUGGAGUGUCGGUGCAGGAGCAAUCAACUACAUCACUUCAAGAAACCGUGUUGGACCAGCUGGUGAAGUUGUUGGACAAUUUAUUGAUUUCUUAGAUGAACAUGGUUUCGUUUCCCAUGCUCAAGUUCAUGUGAUUGGUAUUUCACUUGGAGCUCAUGUUUCAGGACAUUCAGGCAAGAAUACUCGACGUGGUAGAAUCGCUGUCAUUUUCGGUAAUGACCCAGCUGGUCCAUUAUUUAAUGUCAACAAUCCAGAUCGGCUGGAUAGUGAAGAUGCUGUAUACACUGAAGCUAUGCAUACUAAUGUUGGAGUCUUAGGUUUUGAUCUCCCAAUCACUCAUGCUACAUUCUAUCCAAAUUGGGGUGGAACUCAACCAGGUUGUGGUGCUGAUGUUGGCGGAGGCUGUUCUCAUGGACGAUCAACAAAUCUUUAUUCAGAAUCAAUCAAUAGUGAUCGCUUUAGAGCACGUCAAUGUAAUGGAUAUGAUGAUAUUGUAGCUAGAAAUUGUCCAGGAACUGGUGUGUUUGCUGUUAUGGGUGGCGAUAGUGCUAAGGAUAUUCGUGGAGUCUUCUUUUUAGAAACAAAUGCUCAAUCGCCAUUUGCUAUGGGUUAAAAAUAAACUAUGAAAGUUGAAAAGUUUAUCUUAUCGUGUCAUAUUAUGAAUUAAGUUAUCAUGAUUGAUUAUAAUGAUUAUAAUAAAGACGUGAUAUUUUAAGCUGUCUAUU